CAAGGCGAAAGUCAGAAUAGAGAUCAAAAGGGCCGCGCAAGCAUGAUCAAAAUACGCAUGUUCAGCGAUCAAUACCAAAGCUAAGCCAAGCCGAGCCGAGCCGUUCCCAUGACGACCACACGCGUCUGCUACACAGUACAUAUCAUGGACCCGCUAUACGUAGCUAUCAGUUUAUUUCGUCGCCGGAAAUUUGCGGAAUGCGCUCAGACAUGUACGGACAUCUUGGACAAGGACCCUUCGAAUCAAGCGGCCUGGUGCCUAAAGAUGCAAGCCCUCACGAAAGAAGUAUACGUAGACGACUUGGACGUCGAUGAAGAAGGCCUUGCCGAGUCCCUUCUUGACGACCAAGCCGUGGCACGCGUUGCAAGGCCUGGGACGUCUCUACGGACACCGGCACAGAAUAUCAGCCAUGCGCUCCGGCCAGUGACUAGGUCUGGACGCCCUGUCACCGGUGUUGUCCGACCAGACACUCAAGGUGGCGGCGGGCCAGGUUUGGAACGGGCCAUUCGCACGGCCCGCAGCGCUGCGACAGCGCGGCCCGCUACUAGUGCCUCGGCCCGCAAGACCCGUCUCUCUACGGCGGUUGCUUUGGGUCAACCCGGCGGGCAGUUUAUCAACCUGGCCCGCUUGAAUGUGUCGAAGUAUGCGGGCCGGCCCGCCAUCGCCAAGCCGCUGUUUCAGUAUUUGUACUACCAUGAAAAUGACACGCGCCUGGCUUUGGACCUCGCAGCGCAAGCAACUCAAGCCUGUGACUACAAAGAUUGGUGGUGGAAGCUUCAGCUUGGAAAGUGUUACUUUAGACUAGGGAUGCUGCGGGACGCCGAGCGCCAGUUUAGAUCUGCCCAAACGCAGCAAGCUAUGAUGGACACUUUCUUGUGGCUAGGAAAGGUGUACAUUCGACUCGACCAGCCUCUGGCCGCGCUAGAAGCUUACCGCCAGGGUCUGGAUUUGUUUCCUGGUGACGCCACGCUGUUGACCUGCAUCGGACGCAUCUACGAGGGCCUGCACGACAUCAAUCUGUCAGUCAAGUGCUACAAGGAUGUCCUUACCCGUGAUGCCAUCAAUGUUGAAGCCAUCGCGUGCAUAGCUACGAACCACUUUUACUCGGAUCAACCUGAAGUUGCUCUUCGAUAUUAUAGACGCCUACUGCAGAUGGGAGUCUACACUGCGGAGCUGUACAAUAACUUAGCCCUGUGCUGCUUCUACGCUCAGCAGUUCGACGUCGCUCUCACGUGCUUCGAACGUGCCUUAGCCAUCGCAAACGACGAUACGCUGCCUCACGUUUGGUACAAUCUGGGACAUGUCGGCCUAGGUGCAGGUGACAGACGUCUAGCUACCCAGUGCUUCAGGCUAGCCCUCGUUUAUGACAACAACCAUGCAGAGUCCUACAACAACCUUGGUGUCAUUGAACUAUCUCGCCGCAACCACGACCAGGGAAAGGCGUACUUCAAAGCCGCAGCUGAACUUGCAUCGCACCUGUAUGAGCCAGCUUACAAUUAUGCAAUGCUCAUGGAGGAGGAAGGGAACUAUGAGGAAUGCUUCAGAUAUGUACAAAAGAGUAUCCAGGCGUUUCCACAGCAUGCAGAUAGCAAGACUCUUCUCUCACGGAUGAAGAAGCUCUUUUCUGCUCCGUGAGCGCAGCUAGAAGGAAAUAUACUCAUCGAGUGCCGUACCACAUCUUCGUUUAUUUCUCUGAACAGUUUUGCUGGUAAAAGGCUCCACAAAGAUCGCUCUUAUUGUAAAACUCGUAAAUAAAUUAAACCACAUUU